CCUGCUGCGGAGUCUUGAUUUCAAGUAAGGUCUUUCCCGUCGUUUCAUUUUCGUGGCAAGAAACCUUCAAAUCCCUGCUUUUUUUCGGUUUCGAGCUUUUAUUUACGUUUUUGAGAGAAACAUUCACAGCCCACGCGUUUCUUCCAGUGACUUUUGAUCGCUCCUGUACGCUUCUGUUCAGCAUCUUCGUGAACAGUAGAUUUUAAGCUGUCCCGAAGCUGAAGGCUUUCAACAAUUAUCUCAAUUUCCCUCUGGAGGUCUACGUUCUAAGACAGCUUUAAAGUGCUCUGUCUUCUUGCACCUGAGACGAAGGAAUUUUAGUACCUCCUCCAGUGACUGUCUCUCCUUGACGGGGUGUCGUCAUCACUCCGCCAUUUUAGGGAAUCCACUUUCAGUUCCUUAUCGAGAAGGCCUGCUAUAUUCCCCGUUCUCUGCCAUCUUGUGAGUGCGGUUGCCCUUCGUUCUCACUAUGUCUUCCCAUAAGACUUUCAGGAUCAAGAGAUUCCUUGCCAGAAAACUGAAGCAGAAUCGUCCCAUUCCCCAGUGGAUUCGGAUGAAAACCGGUAAUAAGAUCAGAUACAACUCCAAGAGAAGACAUUGGAGAAGAACCAAGCUGGGUCUGUAAGGAGGCAUCAUUUACGCUUCUGAAUUAAGAAGUUGACAGAUAAUAAAAAUGUGAGACCUUUGGUUUGGGGCAAAACAACAACAAAAAAGUCUACUUAUUUUCUCCAAUAAAGGUGGAACUCUUUAUCUACUAGAACUGUUAUGAGCGACUUCAUUCACAAAAUAUCCGAGAUGAAAGAGAAUCGCCAGAGUUCACGCCACAGAAUUUCCAAUAGAUUUGAAGGAUUAGGCACAAUGCUAAGGGCAAGAGAAGGCCAAUUGGGUAAUUCUACUAAUUGUUUAUAGUUCACUUUUUUAUUUAAAAUAGCAUUGCCAUUUACAUUUAUAAUCUCUGAAAAUAAAGGUCUAAUCUGUCUUUGAGAAA